AUGGCAGCCACUUCCGAGUUGGAGUACAUCAGCGAUACCGGCUUUGACGAGGUGCGCACGGAUCCGCUCGUUGAUGGCAAGGCUCAAGCUGAUAGUGACAUGAAUGUCUUUUGCUCCAAGGUCUACACCAGGCUGUCGCAGACGUUCCAGGCAGGCACGACACGGCCGCUUGAAUAUCGUCGUCAGCAGCUCAAGCAGCUAAUCCGCCUCCUACAGGAAAACGCACCUGCGUUCGAGGAAGCCCUCCUUCACGAUCUCGGGAAGCCGCGGCAGGAGAUAGACACCGAGAUGAGCGCGACGGUAGACCACUAUUUCUUCCAGCUGAAGUACCUUGACGAAUGGGCGCAACCUACGAAACCGCGCGAGGUUGAGGACUGGCGCAGCGGGUGGAACCCCACGGUAUACAAACAACCGAAGGGAUUGUCGCUGAUUAUUGGGCCGUGGAACUACCCUGUCGUCCUCCUGCUUGGCCCGCUCGCGGGCGCGAUCGCGGCGGGGUGCACGUGCGUCGUCAAAGGCUCCGAGCUCGUUCCGGCGAUGGGGACGCUGCUUGCUGCGCUUCUCCCCAAGUACCUCGACCCCACUGCGUACGCCUACGUGAACGGCGGCGUGCGCGAGACGACACGCAUGCUUGAGAAGCGAUGGGCGCACAUUUUCUUCACGGGCAGCGAGAGGACGGGCCGCGUCGUCGCGGAGGCGGCAGCGAAGCAUGUCACGCCGGUGACGCUGGAGCUUGGGGGAAAGUCGCCCGUAAUUAUUGCGGAGGAUACAGAUAUCGAACUCGCUGCGAAGCGGGUCCUAUAUGGGAAGGCGCAGAAUUCUGGUCAGUUGUGCGUGUCGCCAGACCAUGUGUACGUUCCGCGCGCGAAGCAAGAUGCAUUUGUGGCUGCACUUCUUCGCGUGUAUAAGACAUUCUGGCCGGAAGGACCGUUCCAUGAGGGCUCGCAUUGGGGCAACAUCAUCAACCCCGCACAUCAUGCGCGCAUCCGAGGGUUGCUCUCUCGCACAAAGGGCGAUAUCGUUAUCGGCGGGUAUUUUGAUGGCGAGAAGAGGAUAGCUCCCACUAUUGUUAACAAUGUGAGGAUGGAUGACUCGCUGAUGGAAGAGGAACUGUUCGCCCCCAUACUUCCAAUAAUUCCUGUUCAGAACGUUGACGAGGCCAUCGAGAUUAUUCGAGGACGGCCGAAGCCACUGGUACUCUAUCUCUUCUCCAACAACCCCGAUGUCAAGCAGACAGUUAUGGAGAGAACAGAGAGCGGUGCACUAACACUCAAUGACACAUACAGUCAUCUGGCUGGUGCGUACUCUCCUGCGAAUGAUCUCCAUUCGUGGAUCGACCGUUUCUUGUGGACAGCGCUUGAAAACCCGUUCGGUGGCAUCGGAAGUUCUGGAUACGGAAGCUGGGCAGGCAAGGCGAGUUUUGACACAUUCACCCAUCAUCGGGGCUACGUGGAUGUUCCCUUCGUUGAGGAGCCGAUGAUGGAGUUCCGAUACCCCCCUUAUACAGAUGAGAAACGUGUAAUUGUUAGUAGGCCCUUGCGUGCGAAGAUCUAA